UACGUCUACCUUUGAUCUUUACUUUGUUGCUGGUGGUGAUGAGCGGGGCCUAUAAGGUGCCCAAUGCCAGGGUCCAGAAGCUGUGUCCCAACGGAUUUAAGGUAUCGAUACCACAUGAGUCGGGUAUCUCAUUAUUCGCUUUCCACGGCAAAUUGAAUGAGAAAAUGAAUGGUUUGGAGGCUGGAACUUGGUCCCAGGAUAUAACCAGAUCCGAGGGAGGACGCUGGACUUUCACGAACACAAAUACUCGUUUAAAAGGCGGCGAUACCCUAUACUUUUGGACCUAUGUUCUUAAGGAUGGCAUUGGCUAUCGGCAGGAUAAUGGCAUCCAUGUAUUUUAAGAAUUUCAUUUGUAUUUGAUUCUGCACCAAAAGGAAAAAUUGUCCAUCAAUUAUUACAUAGUUAACAAAAUUUGUUGUAUAGUGUUUAAUAAACAAAUUUUGUUUAAAGUA